CUCACCUCCAGCUCCGUCUUCAACUCGGCGGCCACCUCACCUCGCGUGGCUUCCUCCCGUCCCGAGUCCCUCGGCCUCAACGACUAGUUGAGCGCUCCGCCGCCGCCGCCGCCGGGGCUCCGACGAGGGGAGGAGGCUCAUGACGCAACUGUAGCCUACGUUGCAGCAGCCGCCGCGGGCGCUCGGGAGGGGCCGCGGGCGGGAGCCUGUGGUUCUGGACGCCCCGCCGCGGCGAGAUCCGAGGGCGCUGCGGCUGCUGUACGGGGGGGGUUUGAGGUCUCGUUGCAGCUGCCGCUGCUGUGAGGUGAGGAGGAGGGGGCGGACAUGGCGGGGUCCAGGUUCGGGUCGUUCAAGUCGGAGAAGGGCGACUCGGCCGCCUCCGCUGCGGCGGCGGCGGCCGCGGGUGGAGCGGCGCAGAGGAGGGACCCGUACGAGGUGCUCGGGGUGGGCCGCAGCGCCACCGACCAGGAGAUCAAGAGCGCCUUCCGACGCAUGGCGCUCAAGUACCAUCCGGACAAGAAUGGGGAUGACCCUGUCGCAUCUGAUAGGUUCCAAGAAGUCACAUUCUCCUACAACAUCCUGUCAGAUCCUGAUAAGAGGCGGCAGUACGAUACAUCAGGGUUUGAGGCAAUUGAAAACGAUAGUCAGGAGUUGGAGCUGGACUUAUCGAGUCUCAAUACUGUAAACACUGUGUUUGCAGCUCUUUUUAGUAAGCUUGGUGUGCCAAUUAAAACAACUGUUUCAGCAACAGUUUUGGAGGAGGCAUUGAAUGGCUCUGUUAUGGUUUCUCAGCUCCAGCUAGGAAACUCGGUGCAAAGAAAGGUGGAAAAGCAAACAGCCCAUUUCUAUUCUGUGGACAUAACUGAAAAACAAGCGAAGAUGGGGCUUGUUUGUCGUGUUCACUCAAACGAUAAAAGCAAAUUCAAGUUGCUUUAUUUUGAGCUCGAAGAGAAUGGUGGGCUGAGUCUUGCAUUGCAGGAAGACAGUGUGAAAAUUGGGAAAGUUACUGCUGCAGGAAUGUAUUUCCUUGGCUUUCCUGUGUACCGUUUUGAACAAAAUAACUUGGGAGCUGCUGCAAAGGAUUCUGAUGGUGCAUUCUUUAAAAGAUUGGAUAGCUUUCAACCGUGUGACAUACAUGAACUGAAACCUGGAACGCACUUUUUUGCUGUCUAUGGUGACAAUUUCUUCAAGAGUGCAAAUUAUACUAUAGAGGUAGUGUCCGCCGAAUCUUUCCCUGCCGAAAAGGAGAUGCUACGAAAUGUAGAUGCAAAAAUACUCACAAAACGAGCUGAGCUGUCCAAAUUUGAGUCAGAGUAUAGGGAGGUUUUGGCAAAGUUCACCGAAAUGACCAGCAAAUACACAGAAGAAAUGCAAGCGAUUGACCAGCUUCUGAAGGAGAGGAACGAGAUCCAUGCUUCCUACACCAACAAUCCACCUCUGAAACGGAGUUCCAGCAGGAAUAAAGCGAAAUCACAUUCGAAAAUGCCUAAAAACGAUGCAGAUAAGCAUCAUCAGAAGGAAAAGAAAGUGAAGGAUCACUGUUUGGAGGGAUAUGGAAGUGACAGUGAUAAUUCAAGCGAAAAGAAACCAAAAGAGCGGUUUCCAAGGAAGAAGUGGCUGAACAUUCCAUUCAAACUUGACAGGAGAAAGUCAUGCUGAGCAAUGUGAUUCUUCUCCCCUUUGUUAUACCACUCAAUUGAUAUACAGAUGAUUGUCACUGUGCCCUCUCAAACUAAGCCUCCGUCCCCAUUGCUAAUGCCACUCAUAUUAUUUCCUGUAAAGAUCAUAUAUGUGAGCCGGAGAAUUGAGGCAUGAUGUAAAGUAAUUCAUUUUAGCUUAUGUUCUCAAGCGUGCACUGGCAAGUUGCUGCACAUCGCUUGGAUCUAGAGCCCCCCCACUGGACCCUACUCCAUGAUGCAUGGGAGUGAGAUUAAGAGGAUAAAUACUCUGGUGUCUUCUGUAGCUUGUGUAAGAUUCUAUAUGUUGCGAACUGUAGGCCAGCUAUAUAUAUUUGUUUGUCCCAAGAAUGUGUGGGUGUCUAUUGUUUCGAUUGGCUGAUGGCUAGUGUAAAUACGGAAUUUGUUCGUGUACAUUACUGUGGCACGGUUACUGUUUGCAUU